UCCGCAGAGGUACUAAUGGAUUCAACAACAGCAACAGCAGAACUGGGUUGGACCAUCUACCCAUCACAGGGGUGGGAAGAAGUUAGCGGCUAUGAUGAAAACAUGAACACCAUCCGAACAUACCAGGUGUGCAAUGUCUUCGAUAGCAGCCAGAACAACUGGGUACGCACCAAAUACAUCCGCCGCCGUGGGGCUCAGCGCAUCCAUGUUCAGAUGAAGUUCUCAGUACGCGACUGCAGUUCCAUACCCAAUGUCCCUGGCUCCUGCAAGGAAACCUUCAACCUGUACUACUAUGAGUCGGACUCAGACACAGCCACUAAAUCGUCCCCAUCCUGGAUGGAGAACCCCUGGGUGAAAGUGGACACUAUAGCAGCUGAUGAAAGCUUCUCUCAAGUUGACCUUGGUGGCCGCAUCAUGAAGAUCAACAGUGAAGUUCGGAGUUUUGGACCUGUUUCGCGCAAUGGUUUCUACCUCGCUUUCCAGGAUUAUGGCGCCUGCAUGUCACUUAUUGCUGUUCGAGUCUACUACAGGAAGUGUCCUAGUGUGAUCCAGAAUGGAGCUGUCUUUCCUGAGACUCUGUCUGGAGCAGAGAGCACUUCUCUGGUGGCAGCCAGAGGGGUGUGUGUUCCCAAUGGGGAGGAGGUGGAUGUACCUAUCAAGCUGUACUGUAAUGGAGAUGGGGAGUGGAUGGUACCCAUCGGGCGCUGCAUGUGCAAAGCUGGGUAUGAGGCGGUGGAGAAUGGUACAGUAUGCAGAGCUUGUGUAUCAGGCUUCUUCAAGGCUGCACAGGGAGACCACAAAUGUCUGCAGUGCCCCAUUAACAGCAGAACCACCAGCGAGGGAGCGACUAACUGUGUCUGUCGUAAUGGCUACUACCGCACUGACUCUGACCCUUCACAGAUGCCCUGUACAAGCUGUUAUGUCAAUGUAGUGACGGUUAUCAAUGCCAUAGAGCAGGACUACAGGUUGCCACCCCCUAUGGAUUGUCCUAGUGCACUGCAUCAGCUGAUGCUUGACUGCUGGCAGAAAGACCGCAACAACCGGCCCAAAUUCAGCCAGAUUGUCAGCACCCUGGACAAGAUGAUCCGCAACCCCAACAGCCUCAAAGCCAUGACACCGCUGUCAUCAAGUGUUCACUUACCUCUGCUUGAUCGCAGCACUCCAGACUUCUCAUCUUUCAGCACAGUGGAUGAGUGGCUGGACGCCAUUAAAAUGGGCCAGUACAAGGAGAACUUUGCCAACGAAGGCUUCAACAGCUUUGAUGUGGUGUCUCAAAUGACAAUGGAGGACAUCCACAGAGUGGGAGUGACGUUGGCCGGCCACCAGAAGAAGAUUCUCAACAGCAUCCAGUCCAUGAGGGCCCAGAUGAACCAGAUCACAUCAGUGGAGGUGUGAUUCCAGGAGCACACAGGCUCUGUUUACUGUAGGAAACCC